UCUCCACCUGUGGAUUCUCUUACUGAGAAAUCAGAAUGAGAUACUAGUUUCUCACUUGGAUGAAUGAAAGGUUUUGUCAAGAAAAGAGACAAAAACAAAGAAAGAAACUACAACCAGAAGAGAAAAAAACAACUGCAAUUAUUUUCAACCUUCAGCAUGUUUUUAUCAAAACAAGAGGAUCAGCUUGCCCAGGAGCUGAGCUGUCCCAUCUGUCUUCAGCUCUACAACGAUCCAGUUGUUCUACCCUGUGGGCACAACUACUGUCGAGGUUGUAUCUCCAAAUCUGGGAACUCCACAGACAGCGGCAAAGAACCUCUACGCUGCCCAGAAUGUCGCGAGGCCUAUCAUGGCGUCGAUACCCUGCAGAAAAAUUUCAAACUUUCCAACAUUGUAGAGGAUUUCCAAGCUUCUUCCCAAAACAUCUAUGAAGAGAUUCUGGAUGUGAUCAAACCAGCAAACCCAGAGACGGGCGAUGGCAUUUUCUGUGACCAAUGCAUAGAUGACAAGACUCCUGCGGUGAAGACCUGUCUGAAGUGUGAGGUGUCGCUGUGCUUCAGGCAUCUCCAGAAGCACAACGAGAGGGAGUCCUUCAAGACGCACUCUCUGGUGGAACCUCUGAAGGAUCUGGGGAGCAGGGCCUGCCUCAUUCAUAACCUACCACUAGAGUACUUUUGUUCUAAUGAUAUGAAGUCUCUGUGCAUCACAUGUUUGGAAGACCAUAAUCAGAACCACGACGUCCUCACCGUCAGUGUGGCAGAGGAGGAGAUGAGACGAGCCUUGGAGAGCCGGAGCAAGGUGGUUUCCAGCCGACUGCAACUGACAGAGUGCCUCCUUCAGAAGACACAAGAGGACCAGGGAGCCUCUGAGGCUGUUAGAGAUAAAAUUGUCAACAAGGCAGUCUCACUUAUGGACAGUAUGGCUGCAAUCGUUGACAGAUUCAGGGAGCGACUGCAUUUGUUUUUGGAGGAGGAGAGAGGGCAGCGGCGCAAAAGCUGGCAGCUUGGAAUGAGUGCACUGGAGGAGCAGCAGCAGCAGCUGCAGGAGGCCGAGAAGAGUGCAGCCGAGACACUCAGCGAGACAGACACAUGUGCCUUCAUACACAGAUUCAUGAUGAUUGAACAGAAACUGAGAGAUGCUGCCACAGGCAGUCUUCCCAGCACUUUUCCCUCAAAGGUCGACCUGAACACCAAGCGUCUCCAGACAGAACUCAAAACCAACGACUUCCGCACAGAAAUGGUCCAUCUCCUUGAGACCCUUCACAUCCUGCUCAACCCUCUGGAGGUGACCUUUAACGUCUGCACUGCUCACCCCAGCUUGUUGGUGUCCAACGACAUGCACACAGUCCGAUACACCAGCUCCAAGCAGUCCUACAUAGAGCACCCAGAGCGUUUCCUGAGUGUACCUCAGAUCCUGUGCAGCCAGGGUUUUUCCACAGGCACGCAUAUCUGGGUGGCGGAAAUGGGCAGCAACUGCAUGUGGUCCCUUGGAGCAUGCUACAAGAGCAUCCCUCGCCGUGGAGACCACAGCCGCUUGGGGCACAACUUGGUGUCCUGGAGACUACAGUGGAAAAACAGCAAGCUAACAGUGUGCUCUUCAUCUAACAAUGUUGCGCUGGGGGAGACGUUCCAACAUCCAUCUAAGAUUGAGGUUGUGCUUGACUGUGAAGGUGGAACCCUGUCCUUCCACAUUAUCAAAUCACGCAGAGAACAUCUUCACACCUUUAAGACUGUGUUUAAAGAGCCAGUUUACCCAGCUUUUAGUAUCCAUUCAAAUACAUCAGAUUCUUGGAUCACUCUACAAAGUCAGAUGUGACACCAACAUUUAGUCUGUAACUUUCCCUGUGCAUAGAUAUGUUUGGGGAAUUCCUGUUUUUAGAUCUCUAUUCACACUUUUGUUCUUACCAAAUUAGUUUAAAUGUUGACAUGUAAGUAACUAAAGUAUUCCAGGUUUUCUCCCAGAAACUUGUCAACCAAAACUAAGUGUCAGAAACUGGAGGAUGAUGUUUUACUUUUUUAUGAAAACACUAAACAUGGCCUGCCUUAAAAGUGUGAUUUCGUAUUCUGCCAUUGUCUUAGACUUAUACGUGGAAGACACCCAUUUGAAUCUCAAGGACUUUUCACAUUGCAAAUUUCAUUCAGACUUAACUGUCCGAAUGAAAUUAAAUCAUGCAAAACAUGUUGUGCACCCUAGAGACCUACUGAUAUCUACUGAGGUCCUUCUAAUAGACAUGGAUGGUUGAGCCAUCUGACCACCCAACAACCCAAAUGACAAUAUCUACGUUCUAUUGAACACAUAACUGCACAAUCUGACAUUUAAAAAAUAAAUUCACUUAAUGGAAACAUGCAAUUUUUGAAAAGAAAAAUAAUUCUGAUGAAAUGUUUUGGCACUAUGAUGACAUACUUUCUUGGGAAUAUCAAAAUGAGUUCAUUUCACAAAACUGCAAUGGAAAUACUGUUUUGCAUCAGACGAGUCAAGUAACCAACAACCGGGAUGUUUCCACUGUCAAAACCCACAAAGAAGAAAACAGGAAGUAGUUGGUGGAUUAUGGUGUGACAUGUUUUUAAUGACUUAUUGUGUGAACAAAUUUAUUCACUUGAUUUUAAUUGUGUUUCUUAUUUAAUGGAAACACCGUAAUUGUAAAAUUGCAUUACUUUGACAUUAGCGGAAUAUUGACAAAGUUUUGUACAUCUUUGUAAUGGAAACUCCAUACAUCAUUCUAGAUUAACAUCAAAUUAUUCACUAAGGUGUUUUUUUCUCACCUGCACAUCAACAUUUCUCUACAGUCAGCUAAUGAUAACUGACUGUAACAGAGAGGUUGAUCUCUGCCUUUGUCACACCCUGGCUGGAUUAUUGCAGUCUCUGUUGGAGAUUUCCAACACAAUCCUGGACCAGAUUCAGCAGGUCCAAAGCUCAGCUGCUAGUCGACUAAUACACACUAAGCCUUGCUAACAUAUCACCCACUAUCUCCCAAACCUCCACCAGCUGCCUGCCAAAUACCACAUCACUGACAAGAUUUUCUCACCUGCAAAUCCCUCAGUGUCCUAGGCCGUGGGCACUUGUCAAUCCUUCUUCAACCAAACAUACUAAGUCAGACACAACAGUCCUGUGUGUCAAGUGUCUAUUUUCUGUCGCUUGCACCAACCUCUCUUCCACAUCUGAGUUACUAGAUGUUCUUUCCUCCUUGAGUUUAAUUCUCCUCUAUGUGAAGCAUCCCUGAGUUUCUUGAAAGUCACUAUGUAGAUCUUAGGUAUCAUUGUUUUUAUUACUAUACAGUUUAUAUAAAGUGGCAUGACUAAGCUAAUGUUAUUUAGUAUUUCAUUUAAUCAUACAAGAUGAUUUGUGAUUGGUUUACAAAAGCAGUAUGAUUUGGGUGUUUUUGUGGCAUACAUGCAGUAUGACACAGGUUUUUUGUACUUUUUUUGUUAUUGUUUUAACAUCGGCCAGGUUUCCUUUAUUUGAUGUAGUUGCUUUUAGCUAAGUGCAUUUCCCCUUUGAUUUUAUUUUUUAUUUUCCAUACUGACGAGACCACUGACAUUUAACAUGAGAAAUGUUUUGUGUUCAGGGUACAAAUAAAUUAUU